AUGAGCGAUACAGGUCAUUUCCGCGAGAAUCUGCAAAAUUCAAAUGAUGGGAAUCUGCUAGACAACUCAAAUGAAGACACCACCCAGUCAAUUCAAUCGAAUUCAGACAGUACCCAAGUUGUCGUUUCUCUUGGGUCAACAGGCGAUUCAGCUGUGGGGGAGGGUCAUGAUUUAGUUCGGGAUGCUGAACCACGUGCCACCCAAGAAUGCGCAAGUGCAAAACCGUCUUUUAGAACUUGCUUGCCUUAUAAAGAGACCAAAGGCAAAUAUACAAUAUACGACUUCAGGGUUCUCCGAACUUUAGGCACUGGAUUUUUUGGCCGUGUUCACCUGGUAAAAUCUAACCACAAUGGAAGGUAUUACGCUAUGAAAGUAUUUCGCAAACGAAAUAUCGUGAAAGCCAAGCAAGUCGAACACACAAACGACGAGCGCAGAAUACUGGCGUCGUUACAACACCCAUUUAUCACUCGAAUGUGGGGAACCUUUCAAGAUUCUAAGUCCAUAUUUAUGGUCAUGGACUAUAUUGAAGGCGGGGAGUUAUUUUCACUUUUAAGGAAGUCCAGAACUUUUCCAAACCAAGUUGCAAAGUUUUACGCUGCCGAGGUUCUUUUGGCUUUGGAGUACCUCCACUCGAAAAAUGUAAUAUAUCGCGAUUUAAAGCCAGAAAAUAUCUUGCUUGCUAGGUCUGGGCAUAUCAAGCUAACGGAUUUUGGUUUUGCAAAAGAAGUCGAAACUACCACUUAUACGCUGUGUGGAACUCCCGAUUAUAUCGCACCAGAGGUCAUCGCUGUUCAAGCCUACAACAAAUCAGUUGACUGGUGGUCUUUUGGUAUACUAAUAUACGAGAUGUUGGUUGGAACAACCCCUUUCUAUGACUCGUCACCACUCAAGAUUUAUGAAAAGAUUACCAAUGGAAUGUUCUCAAUACCCGAACACAUCCAACCAGAAGCUAAAUCGAUCCUCAAAGGGCUGAUUAAAAAAGAUGUCACCUACAGGUUGGGAAAUUUACAAAAUGGAAUCGACGACAUCAAACAACAUCCAUGGUUUGAAGAAGUGGUCUGGGGAAAUCUCAUCAACGGAAAAAUCGAGACCCCUUACGAACCCAAUAUUCCCAAUGGCGUUGGCGAUAGUUCUCAAUUUGAGAUAUACCCAGAGGAAAAUUAUGAUUACGGAAACUAUAACGAUCCGGACGAAUUUGGGCUUUACUUUCCAGACUUUUGA